AUGGCCUCCAACCCCAUUAUCGUUCUUAUGACCAAGGAGUUACUAACCGCCAAGAACUUCAUGAAAGGGAAGUAUAAUAUCAACAUAGUGUUGAUCAGCGACAACUCGAAGUUCGUGGUGACUGAAAACAAACCAGACUUUCUUGGAGAGAACGCCAUGAAGUCUGUGAGGGAAAAGUAUGAUCGUUGGACUUUUGCCAACAACAAGGCAAAGGCAUACAUGCCCGCCAGCAUGUCAGAAAUGCUAAAGAACAAGAUGGAGGAUGUCAAAACUGCUUUCGACAUCAUGGAACAACUCCAAGAAAUGUUUGGGCACAAGUCGGCGCAAGCUAGUUUCAAGGCUCCUAAGAAGUAUGUAAAUUGUAUGGCACCUGGCAACCAUGUUCGUGAUCAUUUCAUUAAGAUCACGAACUACUUCCAUGAAGUUGAGCUGCAUGGAGCAAUAGUAGAUGAGAAGACUCAAGUUGGAAUCAUUCUCAACAGUCUUGGAGCCAAUUUUCUUAUGUUAACCAUGAACUAUUUCCUUAACAAGCUGGACUAUGGAAUGGCUUAG